AUGCCACCCGACCACACCUUUGACCUCAAGAGAAAGACCCGCGGCAUCACCCGAGCCAACCGACAACUCCGCGACGAAACUCUCGGCCUCUUUUUCAACUCGACUCGAUUUCGCAUCAAGCUUUGCGGCCAGAGAGAAGACUAUCGCACUUUCAUCGGCAAACUCGCCUGCCUAGGUGCUGCUAGGGUUAGUCAGAUCCGCAACAUCGCCGCCAUUCUGGUUCACUACGAAGACCGACCGCACAUCGGAAUCUGUGGGUUCCUCGGGACCUACACCAUGAGUGGCCGACGAAAUUUCCACCGCAGCUACGACUGCUUGAUCAAGCUCUGGAGCACGGUCAUGCACGAACUCACCAAACUGGGUAUCCGGCCUGCACAGCUUUCUUGGCCCGGACUUGAAGCUGAGGGUCCCAGUGGGGCGUACGAAGCCACGGAGGUAGCGGUAUUGUAUGAUAAUAUUCUCAAGCCGGUGUUGAGUCAGGUACCUGAGUUCGUGGUGGGGUUUCCGGACGUGAGGGAGAGGGUGAGAGCAGCUACAGGGACCUAUGCUGUCGAGGCCGAGAGGGUCAAUACGAGCGAGGCUGUGAAGGCGCGGGCAGCUUUUGCAAGGAUUGGCAAAGAGCCCGGUAGAGAACAUUGGGCGAAGCUGAUGGCGGCUCAUUUUGAAUGA